AUGCGCGCCCACGGCGGGGAGGGAAGCGAAGCAGGCGAGGGUCAGGCAGAGGAGCGAUCAGGAUCGGACGGCUCACAGAGCCUUGCAACGCGGAUCCUUCACUGUAAGGGCGCCGAAUUCGAUCCGUACGGAGCCGUCAGCACGCCGAUCUAUCAAACGGCUACUUUCCGACAGGUCUCUGCGACGGAGAAUAACGCAUACGACUACACCCGCAGUGGUAACCCUACGAGGGACGCCCUUGAAAAGCUGCUAGCGGAGGUGGAGGGGGCGCAUCGUGCCUUUGCCUUCAGCACCGGGAUGGCGGCACUUGCUGCAGCCACCAGGCUGGUUACCACCGGGUCCGCAAUAGUGGCAGGGGACGACAUCUAUGGCGGCACGGACCGCCUUCUGUCACGAGUGGUGCCUCGUGCAGGUGUUGCUGUCAGGCGAGUGGACACAACUGACCUAGAAGCAGUGAGGGCGGCAGUGAGAGAAGACACCAAGCUGGUCGUCAUGGAAAGCCCCACCAACCCGCGCAUGAUGAUCAGCGAUAUCAGGGCCAUAGCAGACAUAGCCCACUCAGUGGGUGCGCUGCUGCUGGUGGACAACAGCAUCAUGUCGCCUGUGCUGUCACAGCCGCUGCAGCUGGGAGCAGACAUUGUGAUGCACAGUGGCACCAAGUUCGUCAGCGGUCACAGCGAUGUGAUGGCUGGCAUACUGGCUGUGAAUGACCCAGACCUGGCGAAGGAGAUUUACUUUGUGCAGAACGCGGAGGGGUCAGGGCUGAGCCCCUUCGACUGCUGGGUGUGCCUGCGCGGCAUCAAGACCCUGCCCCUGCGCCUGGAGCGCCAGCAGGCCAAUGCGCAGAGGGUAGCCAAGUUCCUGGACAGUCACCCGCGAGUGGAGACAGUCUUCUAUGCCGGCGUGCCAUCCCACACCAACCGCGACCUCCACUUCUCCCAGGCCAAGGGUGCGGGAUCAGUGCUCAGUUUCACAACAGGCAACAUCAACGCGUCGAAGCACAUUGUUGAGACAAUGAAGCUUGCUAACAUUGCUGUCAGCUUCGGCAGCGUGGCGACGUCCAUCAGCCUGCCGUGCUUCAUGUCGCAUGCCAGCAUACCAGCCCACGUGCGCAGGGAGCGAGGCCUCGUUGAAGACCUCAUUCGCCUCUCUGUGGGAAUUGAGGAUGUGGAUGACCUUAUUGCUGAUUUGGGAAAUGCCAUAGACACAGCUCCUUUCGCAUGA